UAGCAACGCGCCGCCAUGGCAACAGCCGGGCGCGCCGGAAGUGAGGCGCGGCUGCUUCCGCCCGGCACGAAGAUGGCGGCGGGCGCUGCGGAGCUGCGGCGGCUGCAGUGGCGGCUGGAGGAGCUGGAGCAGCGCGUCGGCCUCGGCAGCGGGGGCUGCGCGCAGCGAAAGGUGGCGGACGAGCUGGUGAAGGUGCAGGUGGCGCUGAACAAUAUCGCCGGGAAGAGGGAGAGGAUCAAAAUCCUUUUUAAGAAAAUUGAAGAUGUAAUAAAAUACCUUGACCCCCAGUACAUUGACAGGAUGGCCGUUCCAGACACUAUGAAGCUGCAGUUCAUCUUGGCAGAGGAACAGGCCAUUCCUGCCCGUGCAGCCCUUCUGGAGCAAGUGAAGAACCUCCAGCCCAUCCUGGACAGCACCAGUAUCCAAGCGGUUCCUGACCAUGCAGCCAAGCUGCAGCGGCUCUCACAGAUCCACAUACAGCAGCAGGAGAAGCGUCAUGAUCUCACUGACAGCGUCAAGACACUCCUUGAGGAUUACAACAAAAUGACCCUGCUUCUUUCCAAGCAGUUUGUGCAAUGGAAUGAAAUCCUGACACGUCUGGAAGUGGCCAAGCAGGCAAAACCUGUGGCAGAGUGAUGGCAGAGCUGGGAGCACAGCAUGCCCAGGGCUCCUGUGGCACAGCUUGCAUCCUGCUGGUCCCAGGUCCUUCCCGCUUGGCACGAGCGUGCUGAAGUGACAAGGAAGGAUCCUGGGGCACCCAGCUCUGUACAGAGCCUUGCCAGCCCCCAGUCAAAGCCACACUGCUCCUUAAUCUGCCAUUGUUUGCAAAUCUUGCACCUCUCUCAAAUGCAUGUUGGUUUCAAUGUAUUUUAAAAACACGAUUUCUGUGCUUCCUUGUGGGCUGUAGUAAAGUCCUGAAACACUAA